CAAUUCAAUCAGAGUACAACGGUUGCUUAUCGCAUUCAUAUCGUAUCUCGGCAAAAUGAAUACGAUGAAGACAAGUUUGGUUAUCUUUGCUCUUUUGAGCACACACUGUGCCUUUAUGGCAAAAGCUCAGUGUUCGGGAUCCGGUGGUUCAAGUUCGCCAUUCGCUCCGCAAGGGUCACCAUCACCCUUCCUUCCACAACCUAUGAUUUCUUAUCCAUCACCACCGUCGCCACCGUCACCACCACCAUGUACUCCUUCGGGCUCAUCGGGACAAUCAGGACCAUCACCGUUUGCACCUUCUCCAUAUCCUUCUCCAGCACAACAACAACCUCAGUACGCUCCAUAUCCAUCACAGCCAGCACUUGGUCCAUCACAACCAUCUUUUGGAUCUCCAAGCUUCGCACCAGCUGCCCAAUCACCUCAAUCUGACGGAUGCGGUUCAUCUUCACCUGCACAAAGUCCCUCAUUCGCACCAUCUGCACCUCAACCCGCCCCAGUAUUCUUACCAGCUGCCCAAUCUCCUCAAUCUAAUGGAUGCGGUUCAUCUUCGGGAUCGGGUUCUUCACCAUUUGGUCAAUCUGGCCAAUCUGGCCAAUCUGGCAUGGUAUUCCCACUCCCACCACCAUCAUACGCACCAGGACCAGCAGCAUCACAACCAUCAUUCGCACCAUCUGCACCUCAACCCGCCCCAGUAUUCUUACCAGCUGCCCAAUCUCCUCAAUCUGAUGGAUGCGGUUCAUCUUCCGGAUCGGGUUCUUCACCAUUUGGUCAAUCUUCGCCAGGCUUCUCAUCACCAUCACAAAGCCCAGCACCGGUUUUCUUGCCUAGCCCACAACAACAAGCACCAAGUUUCGCUCCCCCAAGCUAUGCACCACAACAACAGCAACCAAGCUAUGCCCCACAACAACAGCAACCAAGCUAUGCACCUCAAUCUUCACCAGCAAAUUAUGGUCCUCAACAAAGCUAUGGUCCACAAGCCGCUCAAAAACCAAAAAUCUUUAUCAACAAACAAGCACCAAUGGUCAUCAAUCGUAGACCACAAAGUUUUGUCGUCAAUGCUGGCGCUCCAGUUAUUAUUAAACCUGCACCUGUUGUCAUUCAACGACCAGCCCAAUCGGAAUACCGUCCAUAUAUUGAAACCGUUACAUCAGCACCGAUCAUUGUCAACAAGAAAAUCAUCAAAAUUGAACGGCCAGUUGUCAAGAAAUACUAUCAAGAAGCAUACUCAGAAACCGUUCCAAAUGAAUCCGGAAGCCAAUCAGUCCCUGUGCCAAUUAAUCCAUCAUCUCUUCCAAGCCAAUGCCAAGACUCAGGUAGCUCAUCGUUCGGUAGUGGUUCACCAUUUGGUUCAUCGCCAUCAUACGGUAGCCCGGCUCCAGCUCAGCCAAUGUUUGCUCAACCAGCACCUUCACCAGCUUUCGAUAGCAUGUCACCAAGCUACGGUUCGCCUUCGUAUGGCCCAUCUGCCCCAUCAUUUGGAUCUCCAUCAUACGGUUCAUACGGUUCAUCCGGUUCAGCUGCUCCAGCUUUUUCUGCUCCUUCAGCUCCUGUCUACUCGGCUCCUUCAUCACCUGCACAAACAAUUCAGGCUUCCGAUUGUGUUCCCCAAGAUAUAAACGCUCUUAUUGCUGGUGCUUCCCCAUCGGGAGCUGGAGCCUCAGGAGCUGAACAACCAAGCCAAGCCUUACCCGGACCAAGUGGCGGAAAUUCUGGAUCACCAGGUCUAUGCUAUUGCCCAUAGUCUGAAAUGUGUAUGAACGGCUUUUGAAUAAACGAAAAAUAAAAAUUAAAUAUCAAA